AUGUCCGAGGAAUCAUCUCAGGAAUUGAGAAACAGACAGGCUAAGUUCACCUCUGAGCUUCACGGUGAAGAUAUCGGCUCGAAAUCGGGUCUGAAGGCUCUGCUUUCCAAGAACAAAGCUGCGCAGCAAGAAGCUGUGGCCAAGUAUUUGCGCCAUUGGGACGGGAAAACCGAUGAAGAGGCAGAACAACGUCGUUUGGACGACUACAACGAAGCCACACACUCGUACUACAACGUGGUGACCGACUUUUACGAAUACGGCUGGGGCUCAUCGUUCCAUUUCAGCAGAUUCUACUCGGGCGAGAGUUUUGCAGCCAGUGUAGCCCGUCACGAACACUUUCUGGCCUACAAGGCCGGAAUCAAGGCCGGAGAUCUGGUCUUGGACGUUGGUUGCGGUGUAGGUGGACCUGCACGCGAAAUUGCGCGUUUCACCGGCUCCAACGUCAUCGGACUCAACAACAACGAUUACCAGAUUGCCAAAGCUAAAUACUACGCCAAAAAAGCCGGUCUAGCCGAUCAGCUAGACUUUGUCAAGGGAGAUUUCAUGAACAUGACGUUCGAGCCCGAAACGUUCGACAAAGUGUACGCCAUUGAGGCCACAUGCCACGCUCCUAAGCUGGAAGGCGUGUAUGGCGAAAUCUACAAGGUGUUGAAGCCAGGUGGUGUUUUCGCUGUGUACGAAUGGGUGAUGACCGACAAAUACGACGAAAGUAACCCUGAGCACCGUAAGAUCGCAUACGAGAUCGAACUCGGAGACGGUAUCCCCAAGAUGUUCCCUGCCGAUGUUGCCCGUAAGGCCCUAGCGACCGUGGGAUUCGAGAUCGUCCACGACGAGGACUUGGCUGACAACGACGACCCAAUUCCAUGGUAUUACCCAUUGACUGGUGAAUGGAAAUACGUCCAAACACUUGCAGAUCUAGCCACCUUUUUCAGAACUUCCUCCCUCGGUAGGAUGUUCACCACCACGAUGGUUACGGUUAUGGAAAAAGUCGGUAUUGCUCCCAAGGGUUCUCGUGAUGUGACUUUGGCGUUGGAAGAAGCCGCAGUGGGACUAGUUGCCGGUGGUAGAAGUAAAUUGUUUACGCCUAUGAUGCUGUUUGUUGCUAAAAAGCCCGAAUAUUGA